UGAGAACAUGAUAAUGUUAAAAUUUGAAGACUGGCAACCUCUCACCGAUAAAGAGAAUAAAUGGCAGGAUUUGACACAGUCACAAGAGGGUAAGAAUUUUGAGUAAUGUACAGGAUCUCACAAUCAGAUUUUUGGAUUGUGCAGAUUUAUCCUAGAGUAAAUCCAAAUGAAUGAGGAUUUUUAUCAUUUCAUAGAUGUUUCUGAUUUUUUUUCUCUGAACUAUUGAAAAUAAAGAAAGGUAUAUUUUCGCCACAAGGGUUCACGUCACAGCAGCAGUCAAAUUUACUAAAGUAUAAUUUCCAUACACGAUUUAUUAUUUUUACUCUUUCCUUUAAUCCCGCUGUGCUCAUUUGACAGAUUGAAAAUGCGAAAAAUAGAACGCGAGACGUUAUCACGUCAUUCAAACUCAUGUUAAUGGCGGGAUGAUGGUGAUAAAUAAUCAGGAUCACACGGGUUUGAAAUAGGGUUAUGUACGAAUGUUGCUUUGUCCUUUGUCGCCGGCGUCGUUUCGUCAAUCAUGGCAGCGUCCAUGGGUCAGUGUUGUUGAUUCGCGAAAUAAAAAAAAAAAGGAAACCGUUCGAAUACUUUAAAGUUGUGUACACGUGAUCUUUGGAUAAAAAAAAUAAAUAAAGCAAAAAAGACCGACUCUCGUUUCGGAAAAUAUAAUAUAAAAUAAAAAAACAAUUUAGCAAAUCUGGAUGAAACCAGGGAAAAAAUGAUCGCCGCCUCAGAUCCGCUGGAGUAUAGCCCAGGUGGCCGGGACACUUAUUCACGCCAUCCUGGAUCGGUCAUACACCAAUUACCAACUGGAUGUCAAAAUUCAACUGGUGACAGCAUACUACUACGAAAAUUUAGUCAAGUCAAUAUAUCCGAGAAAUCCGCUAAAGAGUUCUGGUUGGUGAGAAACAAUGAAGUUUGUGGAGAGGAAGAGCUUUACUGCUGCGGCAAAGUUGCUAUACAUUCGAAAGGCAUGCAGUUUACAAGAGUACUGCAAACUUCUUAUACCUGUGAAACUGAUAUUAAACAUGCUUUGUGGUGUACAUUUUGUACUACCACUCCGAACCAAAUGAUGAGAGACAAGGACACGGAAGAUGAUGAAAAAUUGGGGAAAAACAUUGAAUGCAUUUGUCUCCUUGAUUCUUAUACGCUCAAAGUUUUCACUGACACAGGAGAGGACUAUGUUUCCAGUUUGCAGUUUCAAAUAUCUGCAGUCUGGACAACAAAGUAUGGAAUACUUUUGGAAAAAUCACAAGUUCCUUCACCGCUAUCGAGAUACUCUUCUCUUGAAGCAAGUAAAUGGGCAACUCAAAACCACAGCCAUUUGCCCGUAGCUUUUUCACUGUCUCAUCCGCUCGAUGAAAUAUGCCCUUUGCUAAUAAAACAUGGGUCCAUUACUUACAUGUGCGACGCCAAUCAACAAAUUGUAUUCACAAGUUCUGAGCCAUCCCUGGCGGUGGUUUACGACAUGAAAACGGGCUUACAUUCCGUGUACAAAAUACGCAAAGCAUCAAACGAGGAAAAACAAAUUGUUUGUGGCAGUGGCGAUACGACCUCCAGUGUGUUCAAUAAUUCGACAAAUGCCUCGUCCUUCCACAUCGGAGCCAACGCUUCAGCGAAUCGCAGUUGCAGCGCAAAAGCUCUGAGCCUAUUCGGAGUUCCCAAUCCUCAGUUGAGCGGAAUAAGUAUGGGAUUGGGAAUGGCAAACAGUCCGUUUGGUUCGCGUGGCACAUCUUACACAACAUCUUGUUCAGGCGGAGGUCCAUCGCCGUCUCAACAACAACAGCAUAAUCAGCAUUCACGGUCGCAAAGUCCAAUGGCUACGAUUUCUCGAUGUCAAUCUCCCACGCAUUCAGCGUUUUCUCCUCUGAUCGGUGCGUCGGUCAAUCCUAGCGUUCAUCAAACGCGACUUCAUCAGACUGUUAUGACGACUAUUCUCGGACAGUCGCAAAACAGUCCGAACAGUUGUAACAGCGUGCAAUAUCAGGAACGUCCGGCAACCACGAGUAAACCUUUGUAUCCGGAAAUAUGUCUCGAUCACGUAUGGACUGAAAAUAGUGGGAUGCCAAAAGAAAUUUUAUCUGGACGUGCAUCCAAAGUUGUUUUGACUUCGGACCUUGUGGGUCAAGGGUAUUUGGGCUACCUCGUGCCGAAUAGAUCGCAACUUUUUCUUGUGAGAUUGGAAAAAACGAACAAACAGCAACAAAUUAUAUUUGGAAUGGUGACAAGUAUCGUCGCGAAGGAUGCCGUCAGCCUUCCGACUCUCAACAUGAUCGCGACUUUGGACUUAUCUAACGGCGUAACUCUCUAUUCUGGUGUAACUUGCGUUGGAAAAGUUCACAUACCGAGCACCUUGCCGAAUAUUGGUAGCUGUAAUUAUUUUAUCAACAAUUUGGGACAAAAAUUAAGUUCGCCUUUCCCACGAAGAAGCUCAUUGAUCCCGCAACAUGUUGCUUCCAAUGAAGUCAAAUUUGAAGAAGCUCUUCAUCUUCUCAGCCCCGUUGGAGGCACUUGUGGCAGAGCUCCGCUCUUAUUGGAUAAUUCUCUAUUGGAUGCUGGCCUUAUUGGUCUGAAGGAUGCCGUUGGGAAUAAAAUCACUCUUGAAUACAGCAAUAAGAGUUUUUACAGGAUAGCUCUUCCAGCUGCAAGCACGUCUCCUUUAGUGACUAAGUGUCUGAAAGCUCUUCGGAGUGUGUUGCAAAGGGAUUUAGCCAUGCAAUUAUUAGUCAAGUGGUACGGAGCUCGAAACGCUCCAGGACCACAAGAUUUCACACCGAUCCAAGAGUGGCAUCUGUUUCUGAUUAUUCUUUUGACUUUAUUGGGCUACGACGUGGACAAGUUACGGUUGAUCCAAAGGACGGAGGACGAGCGCCUUGGCGAGCGAAAUAGUCCGAUUGUUGUACCGAAAAAGCAAAAAACAAAUGAUUCCGGGACCCACGAAGAUUGGCUAUACAUUCUGGAGUCGUCGGAGCACAAGAAUACGCGUACAUACGUAAAUGACGUUUUGCAUCUGAAGGAAUGCUCGAAACACGAAAAAUCGGAAUCGACCCAAAACCCAACGAGCUCUAUCUCGAACAUCGGAAAAAUAAAUACGCAGGCAACUCUGUUCCCGUAUUUACCACUCGUUCUCUUUUCUCUUCAUCUUCUGUACGAGGAAUUGAAACUUCAUUCCGACAUGUCCGAGAGUUUACCACUUCUGGCUCAGCUACUUCAUCAACUCAGCACCGAUCUCAAGUUUGAAAUGUACUCUCGUUAUUAUUUCCUCGAUUUUCCGGAAUUGUGUCCUCUCGAGAGUGGACUAACGUCUCAAUUGACGAAUGUAGAACUAGAGAAAAUCACACCCCCGAAUUACAUGCCCUCGAAGCCACCGAGUAUCUUCGAAACUUUGUACAAUCUUUUGCACGUCUUCGGAGUAACGGCUUAUCCCUAUUUGAGUCGAGUGAAUCCGCGAACGAAAUCGAUCGUUCAGUUGGUUGGUCUGAUAUCGCACGAAGAUCGAGCAGAGUCUGUGGACAUCGACAAUUUGACGAAAUUGAUCGUGCCAGCUGGAAGUCGAGUGGAUCACUUGGAAACCGGAUGGAAGCAGGAAAAGGAUGUGCCACGGAAACUGGAAUGUCCUCGUGCCGAUAGAAUAGUUCUGUUCUAUCACGAAAUGGGCUUUACGAAAAAAGAUCUCGAAAAUUUUCCACCAGGAGUUGCCCUGAUAAUAAAGGACGUAUUGCAUCGGUGCAGAGAACGUCCACCUUCAGAUUGGCCAACCGGAGCUUACGAGUUGAUCGAUCGGGAGGAUUUGGCCGCUCUAGAGAAGCACUCGAGGACGUUACAAUCGGAGCACAGCUCGGAAACUAGUGGUCAAACUUAUCCAGCUAGAGAUCCCGAUCAGGAUGAUGGGAUGGAAUUCGACGAUUCGAUAUUGAAACUGCGCUUCAACAAGGACCACCGCGUUGCUGAGCUUCGGCGUUUGCUCGAUUCCUCGAAACCCGUAAGAAUAGCAAUAGUCCAACGUCCCGACGUGAGUGAUCACGAGUUUAUUGAAGAACAAGAACGUCAUUUACACGCUCUUUGCACCAGAACCAUGGCACUUCCGGUUGCGAGAGGAAUGUUUACGCUUCGGACUUCUACACCGAUAAUAACGGAACAGUUGCCUAUUCCCCGUCUCUGUUUAACUGGCAAAGCUUCUCCUCGCGGUACCACUGUGGAACUCGCCCACAUCGAUGUUCCACCGAACAUGAAUUUGUGGCCCCUCUUCCACAACGGCGUUGCUGCCGGUCUUCGGAUUCAUCCGGACGCCUCGAACAUUGAUUCAACCUGGAUUGUUUACAAUAGACAACAACAGGGCGAAUUCGGCAUAGAACACUCAGGCUUCCUAAUGGCACUUGGUCUCAAUGGCCACUUGAAAAAUCUGGCUCCGUUCAGCAUGUACGAGUAUCUCGUGGAAGGUCACGAGGCCACCAAUGUUGGUCUUCUCCUGGGAUUGUCUGCCACUCACCGUGCGACCAUGGAUGUCUCUAUGACUAAAUUGCUAUCCCUUCACGUUGAAACUCUUCUUCCACCAACGAGCAUCGAAUUGAACGUUCAACAGAACGUUCAAGUCGCUGCUCUCAUGGGAGUUGGUCUCGUUUAUCAAGGAACAGCUCAUCGACACAUUUCUCACGCUCUGCUUACGGAAAUUGGAAGACCACCAGGACCGGAAAUGAAGAACUGCGUGGAUCGUGAAUCUUAUUCCCUCGCCGCAGGAAUGGCUUUAGGUCUGGUGGUGUUGGGACGAGGUGGUGGCUCUGAUCUAGCGAGCAUUCCAGAUACUCUGCACUAUUAUAUGGUUGGUGGACAUGCAAGACCAUUUACUGGAGCACAAAAAGAAAAAUAUAAAUCUCCCAGCUACCAAAUUCGAGAGGGUGAUUCGAUAAACAUCGACGUUACGAGUCCCGGAGCUACGAUAGCUCUAGGUCUCAUGUAUUUCAACACCGGAAAUCGAGCGGUAGCCGAGUGGAUGCGAGCACCUGGUACGCAGUUUCUUCUCGAUUUCGUACGCCCGGAUUUAUUACUCCUGAGAAUACUUGCCAGAUCGUUGAUACUGUGGGAUGAGAUUGAACCUACCACUCUGUGGAUAUCGAGUCAUGUACCCGAUAUUGUUUAUAAAUAUCGUCUGCAAAAACCUACCCCGGAAAUAACCCAAAGCGUCGAUCUUGAGACGAUGAACCAAGCAUACUGCAACAUAAUCGCAGGUGCUUGUAUGGCUCUGGGUCUGAAAUACGCGGGAACAGCAAACGAGAAUGCGUUCAAAACACUUCACAAUUAUGCUCAAAUGUUUACUGCUCUUUCGCACAAAUCGAUCGGUGAACUGGCCGGCAAAUCUACCAUCGAAACUUGCCUCAACGUUAUUUUACUGUCCACUGCUGCUGUCAUGGCUGGAACCGGUGACCUUGAGAUAAUGAGGAUUUGUAGACAAGUGAGAACUCGAGUGGGCCCAGCGAGUAACGUCGUUACUUACGGUUCUCAUCUCGCCACGCACAUGGCACUCGGCCUUUUGUUUCUUGGUGGAGGAAGAUACACUCUUUCCAACAGUCCGAGCGCAGUGGCUGCUCUUGUUAUCGCUUUAUUCCCCAAAUUUCCAACGCAUAGUAACGACAACAGAUAUCACCUCCAGGCCCUUCGUCACUUGUACGUACUCGCUGCAGAACCUCGUUUAAUUUUACCGAAAGAUAUUGACACCAGAAAAAAUUGUUAUGCAACCGUGCAUCUGACAUUCAAAACGGAUCGAUUAGCAAGUGGACAAGAAGCUGUAUUGAAAGCCCCUUGCUUGCUUCCUCAGCUUGAAAGUUUGAAAAAAGUCGAACUCAAAGAUGAUCGAUAUUGGGAAAUAGUGUUCGAGCGAGGACACAAUUGGCAACAACUUGAGGGCAUGCUCGAAAAAUGUGCCUCGUUGAGUGUCAAACAGAGAGCUGGUUGUCUCUCGUAUCUCGAAGAUCCACAUGGAUUCAGAAGUUUAGUGGCUCAAACUUUGACGACAGAAAACGUGAUAACGUGGGCAGCUCGGCCAGAGCACGUGACAUCUUUUACAGACGAUAAAACGGUCUUGAAUAUUGUCAAAUAUUUCUUGAAUCGAGUUACAAACGAAAAGUUCAAGUAUGAGACAACGAGAGACGGAUUAUUUUCGAGUAGCCAUAGUAAGACAAAUUCGUCAUUUUCCUCGAAAAGUCUUAACGACUCGAUAGAUAAAUCGUCUAAACUGUUUCAUGGAGAAAAAAUGGAUAUCAGUGAAAUGAAUUCUCCAGCGAGAACCGUCCAAAGUUUAACGAACGUGCAACAAGAUGUGCGAGAAGUUUCAGACUCGGAAAGACAUUUUUUGCAAACUCUCGCUAUAAUUGUUUACGAAUGCGUUAUCAAGGAUAAAAUAAGUUUGUUACCGUUAUGGGUGAACAUGUACAAGAGCAUCGAAGCGAUCGAACAACGACCGACAUCCUACGUCGUUUGGCAAAUAAAAUUAGUUUCGUCUCAAGUUCUCAAUAGGAAUCACAUCGAAGAUUCCAAUUCUUUGUUCAGCAUUGAAAGCGUUUUGGCAAUAAAACAAAAAACUGCUUCUAUCAUGGAUUCGUGGGAAGAAGAACUCAAACCUUUACUAAGAAAUUACUUGGUGAAUGGUAGCAUCCAAGCAAACCCUGACGUUCUGGCGAAAUUCAGUGCUUAUUGUAUUUUCAAUGACAUUUCUUAUCAUCCAAAUUAUACUGAAUUGCGAGUUCACCCUUUCAUAAACAAUCAUUUGACCCAGGAAGUUCAAGACACGACCCUGUACGAGUUGUAUAAACUGUUGAACAGCAUCUAAGUACUGAAACGAUUAAAGUUAGGAAAGUAGGUGCUACCAAAGCGAAACUCAUUGAUCUGGAAGUUUUGAAUGAAGUUCUGGAAAUUUUUUAAAUACAGUUCAGUACAAAAAUCGCUGUAAAACUUUGUUGUAUAUAAAAAUUUCAUAGAAGUUAAAAAAUGUAUUCGUUAAUGAAAUAAUAUAUUUUUCAUCAAAAUAGUA